GUAAACAGAAAUUUGUGAUAUGGUCACGGAAAAACACGGAAAUUCAUGACAGUAUUUGGAUUUUGAAUAUUGACUGUUAUGUACUUACUCAAUUUAUUUUUAACCAAAAAAGUUAUGGAUUGGAGAUAAAUGCAACUCGGUUGAUAUUUUGCUUAGUCAUGCAAAGACAUUAAUACAUUUAAAGUGUAGAUAAAUUCUACGUUUUGAGAUUCUGAAAGAAAUACACUUUUUAACUAUAGCUUAUAUUUGAACCCUAGAAUUGUUUUGCAGAGAAAAUAGAAAAAAGAGGCACUCCUGAUAAAUGUUAAAAAGCCUAUAAUCAAAAAAUGGCUACAUGCCAACACGUUUCAACAAAACAGUUUUCUUUAGGGCAUCAUUGUUUUGCAGGGUUUUGUUCAAAUACAAUACGUUUCAAGUGCCAACGAAACUGCACUUCUCCAGCUGAGUCAUGGUUCCUCCUGAGGUUUCUUCCUCAUCUACUUAAACAUCUUGGGAGUUUUAUUUUCCUCUCUCACCUUCGUCCUGUGCCCGAACUCAGCAUGUCAGUAGCCAGCGUUAACCACAGCACGGUGUCCCCGACCACAAUCCUGUGUUUUUAGGCUUUCUGUCAAUGUUACACUGAAAACAGGAAGAUGUUGGCAUGAUGUGCGACACUGAGUGUGUGCGUGUAGUGAGUGGUUUAUGGCCGCGGGGUCAACCUCUCUGAAUAGUGAAGAGAAAGGGAACUCCUCGCAUACACACAGGCGCACAUAAUUCACAAAGACAGAUCACUCACAGAGCGAUAUUUCACUGGAUCUGUGACAAGGAAAGAAGGCCCUCUCAUCUGCCAGGCCUACGGCGUAUGGCGGGGUCCGUAAUUCACCCGCGUGAUUGACAGCUGAGAUGGAGAGCUCAGAAACAGGCCGGGUACGUCAGAUCAUCUGGUAUGCCGGAAUGCCACAGCGUCUGACUAUUGUCUGAUCUGGACAGGACAAGCCGUGUUAUGUGAUGGGAACAUGUUUGUGUGUGUGUGUGUGUGAGAGAGAGAAAGAGAGAGAGAGACAACCAGCUAUUACAACAGUUCAUUCAGACAUGUGUAGACAGCGAGUGCCCUCACAUGCCGAACUGAGAAGGGUAUCAUGACAAUAAGCGUGAAUAUGUGUGUGUUAUCUGAUCGGUGCAGGGCAGCAGUGAUGUUUGUCUAAUGGUUAGGUUACAGCAAUUACAGGUCACUGAUUCUCACGCAGACCCACACUUCGCGCCCACACCAGCCUGUCAGAUAUACAUCACUGACAUCCCCCCUACUGAAUUUACAACACGGACAUCAAACGCCCCUUCAGACAGCUGUCUGACACCCUCACCUUACCUGUCACCUGAUAUCACCCACACAUAUGUAGGCAGACGUUUCCCAUAGACAGAACCUGCAACGUCUUUCAUCCCAAAUCUAUCCCAUAAUGCAAUGCAGCAAGAAUUUUCACUUGGAUAUGCAAAUAAUCACCUGUGAAUGAUUAUUUGUACUGGGUUGAUAUUGGCCUUUACUCAUAAAACGCUUUGUAAUCGUAAUAAAUUAAUGUUCAAUGUUCGUGAGACUUUCAAACAGUGUUUUUACAUCGUGACUUUCGGCAGUAUGUAAGGAGAGAAGCCACCCAGAAAGCAAUGACCUUUGACCCCGUCGUAAUGCCAGCCUGCGGGCGUGCUGACUUCACAGACGCAGAUGCACACAGCUCUUUCUGUUCUGGUUUUCAGCUGUCCGGGCCGCGGAGCCAUCGGGAGAAAAGCUUAUAGGCAUGGAGAGGGACCGAACCCCCCGGGCUUGUUCUGGACUCAGACCAUUGGCUAAAAUGGACAGCUGUUGCCCAGGCUGAUGAAACUAUAGCCCUGUUUAUUCAAGCACCAGAGGAAGGAGGGAUCCAGUGUGUUUGUGACAGCAGAAGGGAGGAGUCAUGCACCUGUGGAUGUACACCUGGUUUCCAGAAACAGAUAGAGAGAGAUUCAAGCCGGAGAGGAGGACAAGAGAAAGAAAGGAAGAGAGAAACAAAUUAAAAUUAAGUAAAAAUAUAUCAAUCAGUUCGGGGGCCAAAGGGCUUAUGACCUCACCUGCUGGAUUCAACUGUUAAGAGCUGAAGGACUGAACUAGAGGACACUAACCUGAAGUUUUCUGAAGUCAACAGUCUCAAUAGACAUACAGGCACCUGUACAGAGUGGUUCAAGUCUGUUGUCAUCUUCAUGGCUACCGCUGAGCCUGCCCCAUCCUGGUGGAAGCUGACCUUUAUGCGUAAAAAGAAAUCAGAGCCAAAGGUGUUGUAUGAAAUCCCAGCGGAACACGGCUGCAACGCCGGAGAACCACCCGGCACACCCGAUCCAGCUGCUGACAGCCAGUUCAACGCCCGCUUAGAGCGCAUCGUGGACAAAACGGCAACGAAGGGCCGCCAUGUCAAAGUGUCACAUUCGGGGCGUUUUAAAGAGAAGAAGAGGAUCCGAUCCACGCUAGCAGAGAACCCAGAGCUUUUUCCUGAGACUACGAGUGAGAGCAAUAAAACUGAAAAAUAAAGGCACUGUGUAAACACACUCGCACGCAAAGCAGUCGAGAGGGCCUCGGUCCAUGCAGCACUUUUCUAUUGAUGUCAUUUGCAGUUUACAAUCACCUGAGGCUACGUUGUCUAAAGAAAGACCGGAUCUCUGAAUAAGUGACUGACUCAUGUUUGGGAACAAAGAGAUGUAGAGAGCCAAAGAUCAGGUUUCUGCACACAGCAGGACUGCUAUUGAUUUUUUAAUCUCCAUGGUUGUCCAUUGAUAUCAACAAUGAUAUGAGCCUGUUUUUGUUUGCUUAUUUCUCUGUAUUUUAUGUGGUGUAUUGCAAACUAGAAUUAAAGCUACUGGGCAUUUGAUUCUACAGAUUGAUGAAUUUAUUAAUGGAGAUUGUUAAUAUAUCAAAAGAUUUUUAUUGAAAUGUAUAUUGUUAAUUUAUAAAAUAGAUGUACUAUUUGAUUAACUGUUCCUAUUUGUGAAGAAUAAAUUGGUAGGUGCUUAAUACAUACACUUAAAUGUGUUAUGAUCUAAAUAAAGUGUAAAAACAUUAGAUUCCUAAAACAUUUAAUGUUUUAAAAUGAAUACGCCUGUUGGGGUAAGAAAAACUAUUUUAAUAUUUGUGUUGCUAUAUGUAAGGUAUACAUUGAUGUUUUAUGAUGUAUUUAUUAUAGAGGUUUAUAAAAUUUAACCGAUAAACAUGAUGGGGUUUUCCAUUUUAAUUCGAUUUUUUAUAUUGAUAUACAUUAUAAAAUAUUUGCACACAGCCUAAUUUAAUUUAAUUGUUUGCUUAGCUGGCAUUUUAAACUGAAUUUUGUACAAAAUGGCAUAAGUUGUAUUUAAAUAGGAGUUCUGCCUACUAUAGUAACUAAAUAAAUGCAUUAAUAAUUAA